AGAAAGAGGGAGGCACACACCGAGAGAAACAAAGUAGCAAGUCCCUUUCCCACCCGGCUCUGUCCGCGAACUUCUGGGGCUGGGGGGCAAUGGAGGGGAGGGGGCCAGCCGCAGCGCUGAGAGCUGAGAUUUCCUCUCUCUAGUGCUCAUUUCCCCCCUAAACUUGAAUCCCUCCCCCCUGCACCCCGUGAAAUUUAUUUUUGGAGGGUGCGUGUCCCCCACCCCACCCCCUUCCUUCCUUCCUCUCCAAAGGUGUUUUUAUUUUAAUCAAUUAUAUUUUGCCCCCCACCCAUCCCCCCCCACUCUUCUUCCGCCGCCAAACCCCUCGAAGGAAGAUCCCGUCUUUAUGUUGUGCUGCCCGGAGAGACCCCUGAAGUCUUCCCGUCCUUUGUUUCUCCGCUUCUUUUUAAAUGUAUAACUUGAUGGGUCUCAACAGCACAACCGGAGCCAGCCAGCCCAAUGUCUCCUGUACAUGCAACUGCAAACGGUCUUUGUUUCAGAGUAUGGAGAUCACGGAGUUGGAGUUUGUACAGAUAAUCAUAAUUGUGGUGGUGAUGAUGGUCAUGGUGGUCGUCAUCACGUGUCUGCUGAAUCACUACAAACUCUCUGCACGGUCCUUCAUCAAUCGGCACAGUCAAGGACGGAGGAGAGAGGAAAACCUAUCAUCAGAAGGAAGCUUGUGGCCUUCAGAAAGCACAGUGUCGGGAAAUGGAGUAACAGAGCAGCAAGUCUACACACCGAGGCCUACGGACCGGCUUGCCGUCCCGUCCUUCUUGCAGAGGGACCGCUUCAACAGAUUCCAGCCGACGUACCCUUACAUGCAGCACGAGAUCGACCUGCCACCCACCAUCUCUCUGUCAGACGGGGAGGAGCCCCCGCCUUACCAGGGGCCGUGCACACUGCAGCUCCGAGACCCGGAGCAGCAAAUGGAACUCAACAGGGAGUCUGUCCGGGCGCCUCCCAACCGAACCAUCUUUGACAGCGACCUGAUAGACAGCUCGGUGUACGGGGGCCCCCGGCCCCCCAGCAGCAACUCUGGCAUCAGCGCCACCUGCUAUGGGAGCAGCGGCCGGAUGGAAGGGCCGCCCCCCACGUACAGUGAGGUGAUCGGUCACUUCCCCGGCUCAACCUUUUACCAGCACCAACAGAACAGCGGCGGGGUGACCGCCAUACUGGAGGGGGGCAGGCUCCACCCUUCAUCGCAGUUCGGCAGCCUUGAGAGCACAACAGUGUGGAACAAAGAGAAAGAGAAGCAAAAAGGGCACCCCUUUUAAAAAAAGAGAAAGAGCGAGAGAAAGAGAAUGAUAUUAAACACUCUGCACUUGUUACCCGGGGUGGGGUGGGGUGGGUUGGGGGGGGAGAUAUCGAGAGGCGGAGACGCUGUGUAUGAAACGCAACGCCCUUCUCCAUAUAAAUAUUUACAUGUUUAUGUUUGGUCUCAAUGCACAAGCCAACCAAGCUUGCAAAACAUUUCUUUGUUGAGUUCUGUCUAGAAGGUUUUUUGUUUUUUGGGUAUUUUUUUUGGGGGGGGGGGUAUCUGUUCUGUUUUGUUUUUUAAAGAGAAAAAUACCCAAUCCUUUUUCUCUGCCUCCCCCCCCCCACCCCAGCCCCAGUUUUGUUUCUAGUUGAGCUGCGUGUGUCGGCGCUACAAUAUUUUUGUUGUUGUUGUUUAUUUCACUUAACUUUAAAAGACAAAAAUAUUUGCACAAAAACAUUUGUUUAAAGAUCUGCAAUAUAUAUAUAAAUAUAAAUAUAAAUAUAUAUUAAAAAAAAUAAGAGAAACUGUAUGUGUGUUGGGGAAGCAGGUAUUUUUAUAUUAGAAGAGACUAUUGACGAGGGGGAAAAGAAGAAGAAGAGUUUUUGUUGUGUUUUUUUCUGAACUAGAAUUUUAAAAAAAUGGCAAUUUUUGUGAGGCAACUCAAAAGAGCAUGUAUUACAUUGUAAAAAAAAGCGAAACAAAAAAACAAACAAAAAAAAGCAGGGGUUUAGAGUUAUUUAUAUAAAUGUUGAAAUUUUGCACUAUUUUUUAAUAUAAAUGUGUCAGUGCUUGUGUUGGUCAAAAGCCUCUUAUCACAUCUGCUACAAAACUGUUAAGGGAAACAUGUCUAUAACAGGGCAAUUCUGUAUGCUUCUACUCAGAAGUAAGCUCCCCUGAGUCGAAUGGGACUUACUCCCAGGUAAAUGUGUAUAGGGUUGCUGCGGAAGUGAGGACUAAAAAAGAGAAAUUGAGGGAGGGAAUGCCUGUAAAACUAAAGCCACAGACCAGUAAGGAACAUCAUGUGAAGACUGCAUCUUGUACAUUUUUCUAUUUUCAUAUUUUUGCUCUCCAGAGUCACUCGGCCAUGUCUCAAACCUGAUCAUCGCAUCUAUGACGCCUGGCUACAGGUGUCGUCAAGAUACCUGACUGCAGAAUGUACACGGAACUGUAUCCGUUCUGAAGGGUGUUUAAUGCAUGUGUAUAAACUACCCUCUUUCUUUUCUGGUAUGGUAUGAUUUCGACUUAAAGAUAAAAGUGGUCAUUUAUACAUUCGUGUAUGCACCUUUCGAAACUGUUCACAGUUUCCCUUCUUUUUGCACUCAGGUGUCUGUUCCCAGGGAUGUUAAGUCAGCGCAAGAUUCCACUCUUGUACAUUCCCUUGGAAAUAAAGACUUUAAAAAAUAAAUCAACAAAUAAAAUAUUGACUGUGCAUUUGUUUGGCCAUUUAUGGUUAUUGGAAGCAUGACAAAAAUAUAUUUUUUUAAAAGCAAAGUUUGGAGCUUGCCCUGACAAAGAGUUAGCACUGCAUGAUUUCACAGUUGCCCUGGUACAAGAUUUGUCUGGCUCUCAUUGAUUCGGAGAUAGCUACGCAUAUUGUACAGGCCCUGCCAGCAGAAUGCAGAACUAUGGCCAAAAUUUAAAUGGUUGGGGAGCCCCUGCUUUGAGCAAAGCUAAGAAGAGCGCAGACAUCGUGUUCUUUAAACAGAGUUUUGCAAAGCCAAGACCUCGAGAGAGCAAUUUAAACAGCUCCUUCUACUGCUACCGUCUCACUAAUUUCAGGAUGACUAUAAAAGCAUAAGUGGUUGUUAAAAUGCCUUCUUUUUAAUGAUCAGGUGGUGACUUCUAAUUGUUGGGGUUAUUUCCCCCGCCCCCCAAACCAGUCUGGCUCACCUUUGUCAGUUAAGGCGAUAAAAGCAGGGUGAUCCCGCAAACCUGCCUUAUGGAUCAGCUGUUUCUAAUGCUCUGUAGAAGCCUGGUUUGGGACAGCUCCAUUUCCCAUAAAUUUUUUUGAAUAAACUCUUAAAAGAAGGUUGACCAGAUGGGGAAGGAUAAGGUCCCUGUGCACUUAAUACUCGUGUAAAUGAAGAGGAGGGCUGAGCAGGUGCAGUUUGCUCUGUCGGGACAAGAAUAUGGGUCCAUUGACAUCCCUUCUAUUUGCACGAGUAUUAACACUGCAAGAGUCUCGUCUUCCUUUGCUCCCAGUUUUUUGGGCCUGCAGAACUACCCACUCGCCCCAAGCCAAAUGCCACUCCCCAGCUAUGUGGUGAGCCAAGCGUAUAAAAACUCUCAGCUGGUUUCCUCAACCACCACCACCGCCCUGGUGAAAUCAAGCAUUCAUGUCUCGGGGACCGCAUUCCUCUUGGUCCCUGUUGUGCAAAGUCUGCCGGAGCCUAUGACUUGUGAAAGGGAAGCGUAUGCAGUUCUGUUGAACCCAUGUAAUCAGUCUUGGGCAUGGGUAGGCAAACUAAGGCCUGGGGGCCGGAUCUGGCCCAAUCUCCUUCUAAAUCCGGCUGUGUCCUUUUAUUUAAAAUGCAUCUCUGGGUUAUUUGUGGGGCAUAGGAAUUCAUUCCCCCCCCAAAAAAAUAGUCUGGCCCCCCACAAGGUCUGAGGGACAGUGGACCGGCCCCCUGUUGAAAAAGGUUUGCUGACCACUGGUCUUGAGAUUCAAUCCAUCCAUGUGCGAGGGCACCCAACUUGGCAGGCCUUGCUCAGCUUCCUCUGGUCAUUAACUCUCUUUUAUUUAUUCUAGCUAAAGAGGUUCUGAUGGGGGGGACUUGGGGCUGGGGCUGGAGUGGGUCGUGGACAAAUGUAGAUGGAAACAUGUUGACUCCUGUGAUGUAUUAAAGGCUAAAGAGUUGUUCUUAAUGCAUUAGAAGCGAAACCUUUACCUCUUCCGAAAGUUGGCCUUCGCUCAAAACAUAACCAUUGCAACAUCCUUCUGUGUCGAGGUUCUGCUCGCUAAUCCUCCUUCGAAACAGCUCAUGUCACCAUUAUCUACUCUUUUCUUUUCUUUUUGAGUGUUGUCUAGUUCUCUUGUUUCAUAAAGCAUUUUGUCUUACAACACUAUUGUUUACAUUUUUUUAUAUAUUGUAUAUAAAAAAGACCUGAUCAGUUGCUUUAACCCUCAUGGUGAAUUUUGUAUGUUGACUGUGCAAGAGAGUGAGAGUGAGAGACGUAAAUUAAGGAGAGAAAGAGGAAGAAAUAGAUGCAUGUAUAAGGGAACGAAACGCUUUUUCCUGUCUUGUGCGUAGAUUUUAAUCUAUUGCUGCAAAGGUUGCCAACUCUACGGAAACAAACCAGCCUGGCCCGUUCUUCUGUCUUUAACAGUAGCACGAUGGUGAGAAAUUAGCAAGUGGAGCUUCCCUCCCCACCCUCAACUCUACGGAGACACAAACACGAUCGCCUGCUGGUGUGUGUGUGCAUGCCAUGUCUGUACAGACCGUGGAGGACAGGUUUAGCAGUGGCUAUUAGGCACAACAUGCAGUACGCUACUAAAUAUCAGUUGAUAGGAAGGAGAGGACGGCUGCUUGUGGGAUUCUUGGAGGCAUCUUAUUUGCUCACUUUGAGAAGCUGGACGAGGCGGAACAGGUUCUGCUCUUUUGGUCUCGUGUUUUUAGCUGCUGAUAAAGGCACAGCUGCAAUGGCCAGUUGAAAAGUUGGCAACCUUCAUGCCUACACAGUUCCACCAGAGGGGGGGGAUGCAAGAGCUCCAUGUUGGAGUAAUAGGGAAUGGUUAGAAGAGGGAACUGUACCAAGCGACCAUUUUUUAUUUUAUUUUUUACAAGGAGGUGUAAUUUUGCUUUCUGCCAGAUGCUAACUAGUAAGGUAACAUAAAUGAAAGAUAUAAAGGCAAUAACUCUUGUUUUUAUGCGACUUUUCUAUUACUUGAAGAAGAAGAAAAAAGGGGGGAAGAAACAGCAAUCCUGCAGCCAGCCAGAGAACAGUUUUAAAAGUUCUGACCAUUUGCAACACUAUUUAUAUAUAUUUUAAAGAGGACAAUAGAGACAACUAAGAGAUGAACUUGAAGUUUUCACCAUUUUAAAGGAAUUUUUGUGCUAUUUUUUGUUUUUGCCUAGUGAUAGGUUCCUGGACCUUUAUUAUUAUUAUUAUUAUUAUUAUUAUUAUUAUUAUUAUUCACAGCAUCGUAACCUGCCUUUCCCACCCAUAGCUCCUUGACGAUAGCUUUACGGCACCUGCAAUUUACCUUUUUUUUAAAAAAAAGGUGAACUAAAAGGAAUAAAUACCGCUUCCUACGAAAGGUACAAAGUAUAUGAAUUUAUAGAAGUUCUUUUUGAAAAAAAAAGAGUAUCUUUCCUUUAUGUAACAUGUCUAUUUAGUGCCUUAUUAAAAAGAAACAGUAAAACCUCCCUUUCUGAAGAAAUAAAUUAGAAAAGGGGGUGAGGGAGGAAUCCAAUCAUUGCUAGUGAUAGGAAACUUCCAGGGUUUGGUCACGCUUCCCUUUUUUAAGAUCCCUGGUUUCCCUAAUUACUUCUUUGGGGGUUUUUUUCUGAAAGGGGGGGGGUACCACUUCUUUGAACUUGUACCCAUGACACCCCCCUAGACCGAGUCUGAUGUGCCUAGCUGCUUAAGGUGCUCCCUCCUGUCUUCUGCCACCUCUUCUUGGGACUGUUUGUGAGGUAACUUGAAAUACAUUGUAUGCACGUAUCCUACUCCAGUAGGUAUUGAAACUGUGGUGGAUAUUGCAAAUCGAGAAUACCAACCAAAAGACGAAACUGAUAUAUAUAUAUAUAUAUAUAUAUAUAUAUAUAUAUAUAUAUAUAUAUAUAUCUGCCACCCUCUUGAGCCAAAACGAGUGACUCGUAACGGUCUGUGUUUUUUAAUUGUUUGUUGGUCGUUGUCAUCAUUUUUCUUCUCCGUUCUAUGGUCUUAACUAGUGUGUUUGCUACAGAAAGAAAGAAAGAGAGAGAGAGAGAUGACGAAACGAAAAUGAUAAUAAUAAUGCUUACCUCAGUAGCUUUUGGGUGAAUGUGCAUCACAUAUCUGAAAACUCUUGCUGUCGUUGCAAAACCAUCACCGGGGUUGGUGGUUGUUAAACGUCCUCAGAGUGCCUUGUAUAAAAUGGGAGGAGUCUGCUAUCCUAGGGGGUGCAGUGGUGGGUAGCGGGGCAGGAGACCCACUGCUGACCUCCGCCUUCACCUGCUUGGCUCUUGCUGCUGUUACUCCUUGCCGCGUAAUUGUCCUACACCUGACCAUUUCUAAGUAGGAGCAGUAGGGAUGAGUUGCAGUUCCCUCUCCCUCCGAGCUGCCGGGAAGGAAGAAGGCAAACUGGGUCAGCAGGUGACAUUGGUGAGGAGGAGGCCCCUGUUGGGGGAGGCCCACUGCCCCAAAUCCCCUGUUCUGCCCCAAACAAACAAAGCAAACAAAAACCCCUAGAGCCGGCACUGGGCUGCCAACUUUGUUCCUGGCUUUGCUCCUCUGCUUUUAACAAAAGGCUGGUGUGCAUCCACAAAGGAAGAGGCCUUUGAUUCGGAGACAGACUGGAUGGUCAGUGCUCCACCCUCUUUCCUGGCCUUUGUUAACUCGGCACAACACUUCUGCCCUCUUGUCCACUCUCAACCCUCUUUCCAUGAGAGUCUCUGCCUGACCAAAAUAGGUGUGUGUGUGUGUGUGUGUGUGUGUGUGUGUGUGUUUGUGUAAUGCCAUCAUCCCUCUUAAGCUUUGCUAAUCAACUUGUUGAAUGGCCAGUUGUAGUUAUCAAAGAUAGUGUUGGUCUAAGCAGGAGCCACCGUGAGAACUCCCUUUAACACAAUGGCUCUGGUGGAGAGUGGUUUGAUUCCUCCCCAUUCCUGCUGCUUAAUACCAGCAAAGGAAAACGAUAUCCCGUUUGCCCUUUGUUGGCAUUAAGAUGCAGGCGGAUGUGUGCUUAAUACAUGGUGGACAUCAAUGAUUUUGACAACUCACCAACUUACCGGUAGAUCUAAUGUUGCCACCUUUUACCUACCAGGGCUCCUGUGCCUUUUCAGCCUGGGUGGAAGGCAGAAAGACCGCAAGCAAAUGUUUUCCCUUGAUAGCACUUCCAUCCCGGGGGAAAGGUGUGCUUGUUGAGCUUCUGACAGACAUGAAGUUGUUUCAGGACCAGGAGCCCCGCUAGGAGGAAAAAGUGGCAACCUUAAGUGAAUUGUGCCAAUAGGAACUCGGAUACUAACCUGGACUGAUCAAGGAGUCAUUCCACCGUUGGGGUUUCUCAGGUAGCUUGUUCACACUUGCUUAAGUGUUUGCAGUGAGAAAUAUGUCCCCCCUUAUAAUUCCCCCCAAUAAUAGUUUUGCAAUCAGAUCUGCGGCAUGUGUACACUGUCAUGCUGGCUGUUUAAAUGAGCCAACUUCUUAGAUGGUUUCUAAAUGGCAAACCAUUUGCCAGUUUUACAGAAAUUCUGCUGGGAAUCUUGCUAGCAUUGAUGACACAGACAUACACUUGUGCACAGGGGGUUGUAUGUAGUCAGUAUUAAUCAUAAUUCCAUUCUUGCCCCCAUAACUCAAUGGGAGAUCUGUGGGCCUUCAUAAAAACAGACAGACCUUCAUUGAUAAAAAAAAAUAGAUGGAAGGACAGACCUUCCUUGAUGAAUGCUAUGUUUUGCGCCUGACUAAAUGAGUGAAGAAAUGAGCCCUAGAAAAGACCCCCUUAAAAAACAAAAAUUAUGGGAAGAAAACAAGGCAACACUUAUAGUUCACAAACUCCUUUCUAACUGCUAGAAGUGUGAAGAGCCAGUAGAUCUGGAGCUUCUUUUUGUGUUGUAGGCUACUUUUACAGUAGAGCAAAGAGAAUUCUUAAACACCAGUUCCACCAAAAUAUUAUGAAUGCGUAUUUGAAAAUAAUAACGGCAGGUUGCAAUUGGUUCUAAGUAGUCAAGUUUCUUUUUCAUGAUUCUUGCUUUCAACUCUUGUAAGCGUUGGGUUUAGAAAUCUGAUCCACAAUUCACUUAAAAAUAAGGAUGGUCAUAGGUAAGAAUAAUAAUAAUUUUUAAAAAAGCAUUAUUGUUCUGAGAAUAUUGUUCUUUCUUUUUAGUACACCUGAAUCUCUCUUCAAAAUUGCACUAAAUGCUAUGUUUAACGGAAAGAAAAAGCUCACCCUUUUUUCUCUCCUGAGUUGAAUUAAAGAAGCCAGAAGUGUAGCAUAAAUAUACUAGCCAAGAACAGACUUAAUUUGUAUUCUCUUGUAUGAUCUGUGUGGCACUCAGAUAUAUAUAGACCUAUACUUCUCCCGUGUACUACACAAAACAAAAGGGGUUGGAGAGAAAAAAACAAAAAAUUCCAUAAACUGCUUUUUUCAAUUAUUUGCUGUAAUAUAGAAGCUCAUGAAGGACUACAUUAAAAGUCCUAAUUUGCCUGCCUUAUAGUCACAUUUCAUUGUAUUUUAAUAUUUUCUUCAAUUUCCAGUUGGAUUGCUUUUGGCUUUGGAGUUUGUUAUAGGCAGUCCUGUAUCCUGAAUUUUUUUUUUGUUCAGAUUUUUUAAAAAAACUUAUGUAAACUAUAGACAGCACAUGCAAUGCAGUACUUAUCUAUAUUUUGCUGUUUUAGUAUGAAUAUGUACUCUGAUGCCAAUUUCCACAACUCCGUUGUAAAAUGCUUCUUGUGUAACAGUAACCGAUGGUGGCAAUGAUAUGUCAUUCUAUUCUUUAAAAGCUGCAAUACUUAAAACAAUAAAUUUUACAAUACUUUGGA